UUGUUGAGUGUUCUCGCAAAUCAGAGAGCAUCAGGGAGUUAGGGAGUAAAUCGAGUAAACGAGAAUGAGAGUAGUUGUGGUCAGUUGAAGGUGGUUUUUUUUAACGUAUCGUGUCAUAUUAUUAUACAGUGUAUAUACUUAUAUAUACUACCCAUUAUUCAUUGUUUCCUAACAACUUUUGAUUAAAUCAUAGACGAUGACGUCGUUUGUAACAUUUAUUGUUCUCGUUGGUUUUAGUACAUCCGUUGUUUAUGGAAGAAUGGAUUGUACAUUCGGUACAAGUAAUAAUGCUUUUGACAAAUUUGUCAAUAGUUGUCCUCCUAUAUUAGGAGACCAAUCCAAGGAAUACUGUUGCUUGAGUACAAAUACCGAAUUUUAUUGCUGUGACGCACAAGAAUUUGCACUUAGAGCAGGACUAGGAAUAAUUGUUCCUGCUAUAAUCGCUGUAAUUGUUGUGGUGACGUUCUUUGUUUUGUGCAUUUCAUGUUUGUGCUGCAGUUGUUGUCCAUGGUAUAAAAGACGCCACCGUGGAACCGUCUAUGGAAGAGUUCAACCAGGUGUGGUGGUAGUUCACCCGGGGAGUAAUCCAAUGCCAAACCAAACCAUUCAUACUAUUUAUCCUCCAUACCCUGCUUCAAAUCCUCAAGUAUCAGCAUCGACAUACCAAGGACAACCACCACCUUAUACUGCCGAACCGUACGCCAAGCAAGCGCCAUAUAACCCAAAUUAUCAACAUCAGUAAUAAAACAACACUUAUAUAUUUUAUAUGUAACACUCUGUUAUAUUAAUCUUUACUUUUAUUAAUUUCACUCUGAAUCGUUGCCCUAUUAUCUGAUGGAUAAUUUUUAUUAUGGUGGUUAUUAAACAGCGGAAUACGUGUACAGUGAUGAUGAUAUAACAGGAAGCUGAGAACAAUGUACUACUACUGCUGCUGUUGCUAUUAUAAAUAAUUAUAAUGAUCUAGCUUUUUCUAUUUAAACGAAUUAUAAUUCUAUAGAAUUUAAAGAUUUAUUUUUUACAUAAAUUUGAGGUUUCAAAAUAUUAUUUUUUAUUAAUUACAUAUAAAAAUCAAAUAUAUUAAACUGCUAUCUUCCUCAGUGGGAUAAAUAUUAAUUAAGUUCUUGUUUCGUGUUGAAACUAUUUUAUAUUGUUAGUUUUCAUUUGCUUUUUUUACUGCCGUUGAUCGACAGAAAACUUAUCAAAAAUAUUUCUUUUUAUUGUGUAUGUAUUUUUUUUUUGUUUUUUUUUUUUUUUUUUUUUUGCCAUUCGAGCGAUAAAUAAUAUUUAUAAUAAUGCUCAAUUUUAAAAAUUUUCUGUGUUAUAUAUGAGAUUACAAUAAUUAUAUUUUUCUAAAAAUAACUCUCUGUAAUAUAUCACUAAACAAUUAAAUUAAUGUUAUAAUGGGAUGAAUCGAAUGGAAAAUAAUUUUUUUUCAGAUUAAAAUGUGUGAAAAUAUCAUUAAAUAUAUUUUUAAUUUUUAUUUCAA